AUGGAGAACCAAGUUUAUGUUACACAUUUUUCAAAUCCACAUAAGUUUUGGUACAAACCAUUUUACCCGGGAAGCAAGAAAAGACAGCUUAAACAAAUGCAGGAUGCAAUCGAUGAGUAUUGUGAGCAACACUACAUUGAGCAGGAUAUUGUGGACUACGAACCGAUCUGUGGAGAGGUUGUGGCGUAUUAUGAGCCGUCGCUUGUACGCUGGACCCGUUGCAGUGUGGUUGGCAUUAAGGAAGAGGAUAAAAGAAUGCGUUCGUACCGGCUUUGGUUGAUCGAUGAAGGCUAUCCGAAGGUUGUAGAUAUGGAACACUUAAAACCAUUGCCGGAAGAAUUUCAGGACAUAUCAAACUCGAUCGUAAAGCAGGCAGCGAUAAAGAACAUUUUACCAGCACAAUGCGUGUACGAUCCGCAAGGGGAAGAGUUUCGUAAAGCGAUAUGUUUAUUGUGGAAUGAAAAUGCAAACAGCAUGAUUCAGUCGCUCAUUAACGAAACGCAAAAGAUUUGUUUUACAAAUGUGUCUCCUUACCCGAUGGGGGAAAAAAUUAUCGAUUGUGGCGAUUUGCUGUUCUACACUAAUAGUAAAACAUUUAACGCUGCGGAGGUUCUGUCGCAGUGGGCUCUAGGAUUAAUUGUGGACUUUGAGACUUAUAUUAAUCUUCUUUUAGAACGUAGCCAAAAGUCAUCGUUGUGUGGCGUAUCCCUGAACGAUUCUGGGUCUUUGGAUAUAACAGUUAAUACACCGAAACAACAUUUUUAUACAAAUGAAGUUAAUGAGCGACACUUUGACGAUUCGGUUAGUUUGGUGGGAAUGACGAUGAAGCAACCAGCCCUAGUUGAUGACAUGGAGGCUAGAUCUGUGGCCAAUAGUAUUUUAUCCACUGCAACGUCUCAAAGUGAAGGAAACAAUACAGCCGAAGUUAGUGAAACUGGCACAAAAAUGUCUAAAUUGAGACGCAAAAUUCAGCUACAAAUAAUGCAAAAAAUGAAAAACGCUUCUUUAAACGAUAGUAAAGAGCAAACACCUGUAAAACCGAUCGUGCAAUCAACAACUUCAUCCACAAUGCUAUUCAAAACAACCACCAAGCAUCUACAAGAAGACAAUCAGGUUCUCGAUCCACUGUCGCGAAUCCGUAUGAAUCCUCUGUCUUUGACAAUCGACGUUGCCCAAUCGACGCAAUCCGAAUAUGACCUAAUGCACACGGAAUCGACAAAACCAGCUCUACCGCCGAGUUCUGCGACGUGCGAAUAUGUGCGGAAUGAGCCUGAUACAGCUCUAUCGGUGAAGAUAAUUAACAAUCAAGCAUCGACAGAAAGUGGAUCAGCUCCAAAGUUUAUGCGAAAAAUUACCAAAGUGAAAGCAAACCUAAACCAGCAAAAACACAUCGUUCCUGACGCUGAUCGAUCGGCUCCUCGCUCAACGUUACUUGCUCCAGCUGGUGUACAGAUUAGUUCUCUUCUCACAUCCGAGAAAUUGCCAACGAGUGAAAGCAAUGCCGCGUUGAAACGGUUUGAAAAAGUAAUACAGGACGAAAAAUGUUUAUUUUCACGCAGAAGCCACUAUCGCGUACUGGUACAUGGUUCUAAACUUCCUAACCCGAUCGAUCGUAUUGAGGCAGCCAACUUUAGUCCCAGAGUCCAUCAAAAUUUGGAGCAGCUGGGCAUCACCAAAAUACAUCGGCUGCAGGCUUACUCUUGGCCACACAUACUGCGUGACAAUUCGUUCAUUUGCGUUAAUGGGGCUACCACGGGCAAAACGUUUGCCUACCUGCCAGCCGUUUGUUCAGUCGUACAGAGACAAAUAGAAGAGUCAUUGGUCCCCUCUGUAGCCGGUCCAGUUGCCCUCAUAGUAUGCUACUCAUCGCGAGAAGCGCAACGGAUUGCGUUCUUCUGUCGGAAGAUACUAAACUCCGCAGCACAUCCUGAGCUAACCGUGCUCGAAUGUUACGGCAUACGGAACGUUACUAAAAAUUGCAAUCUGCUCUUUAAUGGAUGCGCGAUCCUGAUAACUACUGCACCCGGUUACCGACGGCUAUACGAACGCGUCCCUGAAGCCUUCAACAAAAAACGAAUUCAAACGGUGGUGAUUGAUAAUAUGGAAGAAAUCUGGCCUCAUUUCGCACCAGAACUUCGUUUGCUUUGCAAAAACUGUGAAAAGGAGGGUUUGCAGAUGAUCGUCACGGCUGGUUAUUGGAUGCCGGUACUUGGUAUUUUUCUUCAGCGUUAUCACAACAUGAUCAUUUGCAUCGGUGCAUUCAUCGAGGCUGCAGUGUACGCAAAGGCGGAGUUUAGUUUUCGACUAUUUGCCAGCGAUGAACAAAAGGAGAUCGAAUUGAUCAGACAACUUCGACAACACGAUUAUCGUAACGAACGAACGAUCGUGUUUGGCAAAGACAGUAACGAUUUGUUACCGAUCGUGAACGCACUGAAACAAAACUCGAUCAAUCACAUUGUGUGCAAUGAACGGAUGGUAUUGCAGCAGCACGCCGGCUUUAGCAACUGGGACGAGCAACUUCAAGGGGACAUGGUGGUUUUUGUAUGCAGUGAUGAAGUGUUGGGAGAUUUGAAGAUAACCAAAGCGCAACAUAUUAUACAUUACUCUCUGCCAUCAACGUGGUCAACGUUUACGAGACGCUAUGCUUGCUCGUUCGAAUACUACGACUCUCCAUAUUUAUCGUGCGAAAGCAAGCAAGCGAAGGGAAAACCGUCUUCACUGGUAUUGCUGAAUGAAAAUAACAAUCAAGAGCUCCCGAGAUUGGUCGACUUUCUAGAACUGCACUUAUCGAAGGUUUCCGAGAAAUUGCAUAAUUAUGCAAAGCGAAUUCGAAGCAUUCAUGAAAGUGCCAGAAUUGCCGACGGGCGCGCGGUGUCCAUGCUUUGCACACAUGUUUUAGGUCUUGCAGUUUGUCGUAGCAUCCGAAACUGUGUGUUUCGGCAUGCACUUACGCCGGACGAUGUGGCAACUGAAACUGUGCCCGCAAAUGGUAAAAUAAGAGUGCAAAUUUGUCAUGUUUUUUCACCGGCACACUUUGCUGUGUACCUGGAUGCACAUCAACCUGCGAAUACCAGUGAUUGGACAGCGCUAAACGAUAGCAGACGUUACAUGAUACAGGAUAUUGCUGUGCAGGCACACUAUGCCAACGAGGAACGCCAUAGGAUGCAUGGUGAGCCCCGACGGAAAGACCUGUGUGCCGUGUACCACGAGCAAAGCUAUUCACGAUGUCGCAUCAUCAAUUAUGACGAAGCUAAUAUGGAUAACUGCGAAGUUCAACUGCAGCUCAUAGAUACCGGUCGUAUAAUUCAUGUGAAAUCGUCGGCCUUGCUAUUUCUUCCUGAGCAGUUUCGUGAACUGCCGGGGCAUGCAUUAAACGUUCGCGUUGCCUCGCUAGUGCCACACGAUUACGAACAAGACUGGGACAAAACGGCAACACUAGCCGUAAGACAAUGGAUAGAAGAACAUGUACACCAAUUGAAUUGUUACAUUGAGGGCAAUGUGCUUUUAGCGCUAAAGGACACCAUUUGGGUCGAUGAUCUUUAUCUCAUGGAACAGUUGAAAGGCGUGAAAGCCACGGUAACGACUAAGCGGAUCGGUGCGACUGUCAUUUCCAAGCAGUUUGGUAUUGGCGAUAAGAAGUCGUUUGAGCAAAUCCGACAAAUUGUGCAUGACUGUGAAAGGUUAGCCAUGCAAUUACUGCGACAAGAGGUACAAGAAAAGGAAAACCAGAACAAUGAAGACUGCCAGAAUAAACUGGAGGAACCAGAUAAUAUAGAGGAACCUGAAAUGAAAAACGAGGAGAGAACGACGCUUUUUGAUGACCAGAAUACAGAUCAAACAAUGAAGCUUACACAAACUAACGUAAAAUGUCAUCAAAUUCCCACAAAUUCUGUACAUAGUGUCUAUGGCGAAGUGGAGGAUAGCGCAGAACUGACGAAUUCAUCGGUUGAAUAUGAACAAGACGUUCAAACAGUCCAACCAGGAUUGGUUCCGGUCGAAUUGGAUGGUACAUGUUCCUCUUCUAGCUCGUUGGAGGAGCUCUCACUCGGUCGAAGCGUAGAACAAUAUCAAUUUGACACGUUGUUGGUGAACAAAGCGUAUAACGUUAUUAUUGGACAUUAUCUUACACCGGACAAUUUUUACGUAUAUCGAUGUGAUAGAAUAUCGGAAAUUGAUACCGCGAUUAGAGAAUUUGUCAAGGAUGGGAGAAAAUUAAUUCCACUUAAGAAUCCGACAAUCAAUCAACACUGCCUGGUGCGGUAUGAGAACUUUUAUCAUCGUGCACGUAUAAUGAAAGUGUUGGAGGUUAAUGCUGAAAUCGAGGCUGAGGUAUUUCUACUUGACUUUGGUGGCAUAUUUAAAUGUAGUGACAUUUUUAAAAUCUCGGACAAACUGCUGCGCUCCGUUUCGUUUUUGGCAAUUAAGGGUUCGCUAGCACACAUUCUUCCCCCGGAUGGUGCUAACGAAUGGAGCGAAGAGAUCGCUAAUGUAAUCUACGAUAAAUGGCUGGAAAAAUACAAUCAAGGCACGAUGUUUGCCACCGUCACAAGAGUUCUACCGUGGGGAAGUGCAGAACGCAUCGAAGGAUGUCACCGCUACGAGAUGGUCUUGGGUGACGGGAAUUCUUCGGAUGAGUUUUCAAUAAUUAAGGAUAUUGUGUUCGAUAAGCUAGCUAUCUUACUGCAAGAGGAUAUCGAGGACGAAGGAAGCACCGUCGAUACUGACGAUGAUUUUACGCAGGUGAAUUUUACACAACAGGAGCUAAUGAACAUGAUGAAGGAAAUUACAGAACCACGGAAUGAGAUUAGCAAAGAGAGGCCCAUCGAAGAACCUCACCGUAUUUCCGAGAUUUCUGAACCUGCUCUACGUAUGUCAAACACAAAAUUAUUAGCAAAAUCGGAUAAAGAGAAAGAAUCGAUAGGACGGUUACGAAGCGAUCGAAAGCUCCAAUUAACAAAAUCACUCGUUUCAAAUGAACGUUUUGCGAAGAUUGUUUGGCAGCAGGAUAAUUAUGAUAUUGUUCUACGAGUUCAUGCACCGGACAUGGAGCGAUACGAUGUUAAGAAUAAUUGCACCUGGUUCAUGCUUGAAAUUUUAACGGCAGACGACGAGCAACGGUAUAUAGUACCACUAAACUUACACAGUGCAAUUGACCCACGGCACACGGAACAUCAAAUACGGGGCCUUGCUAUAGUCGUACGGCUGCGAAAAUUGGUGCCAUACAUACGCUGGCCUAAGCUUCAUAAACACGGGCGAAAGUUGGCAUGGAUAAAAGCUGCGAGCACCACCAGUAAUGAUAGUGGAUCCAGUUCGGACGAAAGCAUAAAAAAAAAUCGAUGGAAAGGUUUGGUACAAGCCCAACUAGAUAGUUCGGCGAAUAGUUCACAGUCUGGCAAUGAACAGGAUAUCGAUUCCGAUGUGGAAGAUGAGGAAGGUGUGUUUCUUUCAAUGAAGUAG